UUAUCUCAACACAUGACUCGGAACACAGAUAAUACUUAUCGUUUGUUCAUUACUUCGUAAUCGGAAUCAUAGUUUCAUCAGUAGUGUGGGUGGUUGCAUUGACGGAGUUGCAUUAAAUGGCAGAUAACAAGGUCGUCGAAAGUUACAGCUGGUUUUGGGGUUGGUGGUCACCAACUUCUAGCACAAUGCUUCGAGCAGCUGAGAAAAAGAUCCUGUCAUAUUUGAAGACUUCUUAUCGAGGGUGGUAUGUAGACAUCGGACCUGUAGUGAGUCCUGCUGACAAGAUAUGGACAAUCUGUCUCAACCAGGAGUCUAACAAAACACCCAUAUUACUCCUCCAUGGCUUGGCUUCAGGUGUUGCAUUAUGGUGUCUUAAUCUUGAUUCACUGGCUGCCACAAGACCUGUCUAUGCUAUAGAUAUCCUUGGUUUUGGACGCAGUUCACGGCCAACAUUUAGUUGCGAUGCCCUGACUGCAGAACGACAGUUAGUGAAUUCUGUAGAGGAAUGGAGACGGGAGAUGCAGUUGGACAAAAUAAUAUUGUUAGGGCACAGCUUGGGAGGUUUCCUUGCUUCAUCGUAUGCCAUCCAUUAUCCUGACAGGGUGAAACAUCUCAUCUUGGCAGAUCCAUGGGGCUUUCCAGAGAAGCCAGUAGAUAUUGGUCAGAGAUAUAAUGUACCAUUGUGGGUCAAAGCCAUUGUUUUUGUCACGCAGCCUUUCAACCCUUUAUGGCCUGUGAGAGUGGCAGGCCCAUUUGGUCAGUGGGUGAUUGAAAAGGUUCGUCCAGACAUUAUAAAGAAAUUUUCUUCAUUUGUGUCUGACGAUGUGAAUGUUAUACCUCAGUACAUAUUCCAUUGUAAUGCUCAAAGUCCUACAGGUGAAGCUGCAUUCCGUGCCAUGUCAGUCAGCUUCGGAUGGGCCAAGCAUCCUAUGGUCAAUCGAAUAGAUGCCCUCAGAGAAGAUGUUCCCAUCACAUUAUUAUAUGGUUCACGUUCGUGGGUUGACCAUACAUCAGGAGAGUUGAUCCAUGAAAAGCGACAAGACUCACAUGUCAAUAUCCAGGUAAUAUCAGGAGCAGGACAUCACGUAUAUGCUGAUAAAGCAGAAACAUUCAACCGCCACGUGAUCGAGGCAUGUAAGUUAGCUGAUUCUGAACAGACAAAGAAAAAUGUUUCCAUUCAGAUUAAGUCUUCAUCCCCAGCCAACGAACUGGAAGAGGAAACAUCAAACACAGAAUCCGAGGAAAAUAUUUCAGCGGUUAAUGGCUCUUAUUGUGCACAACAGAACUCGUGCAGCUGAACUUGUGUUUGUUGCAACCCUAGAGACAUUCUAGGUUGGAAACUCCAUACAUUAGAAAAUUACUCUAAAUAACAUAGACAAUCAAUGAGACAAACCUCAAGGCCUGUGUACUAUAUUCAUACUUUGUAUAUAAAUUAUAAAUUAGUAUGAUACUUUAACAAUCUGAAUAUUGCAUAUAU